CUAUACAUGGUUAAACGAUGUAUUUAUCGUCAAGGUCUUUCCAAAGUUUGCUUAUAAUGGACGAAUUAGAGCGUCUUACGUACAGAAAUUCUUUGAUGACGAAUAUCUAUAUAGGAUGGGGCUGAUUAGAAUACGCCAAGUUCGGUCCUCCGAGAAAUGCCAGACGUUCAAAAAGUUUGCAGGUUUUGUGAAAUGUACUUCUGAUUACUCGAUUAGUUCAGAAGUAAAUGGCGAAUUCUGCAAAGGAUGGCAGCCAUACAACGAUACCUGUUUCGACGAAAACGAAGAGCUGGACUACGCAUUUAAAUACUAUACAUCCGAAGACACGGAGGCGGUUCUUACUAAUGGGGAACACGCCAUAUACGGAUCAGGAGGCUACUACAUCGAUAUCGGUCCCAAACAAUCAGCUGCCUUCCGAUCUGUCGCCGACCUGAAAACAUACCGAUGGAUCAACAAUGAGACCAGGGCGGUCUUUGUCACCUUCAUGGCGUAUAACGCUAACUCAAACCUUUUCAGUUACGUCAACGUCGUAUUCGAGUUACCUCCCUUUGGAGGAAUAACAUUCACGAUGACUGCGGUAUCUGCCAAUUUGUACCCUUACAACACGGCGUGGGAUUAUAUUAUUCUCUUCUCUCAGUUCGUCUUCAUCGUUGUCGUCGUUAUCAGACUAGUACUUCUCGUCAAAGAUGGCGUCGUGUCCAAAGGGAGAGUACUCCGUACACUGGUAUUUUACAUCACUUUAUUUGAUAUAGUGAUUUGUAUCGCCGCAAUAGUCUGUUACAUUAUCCGACUGGAUGGGACCAUUACCGUUAUUGAAAAAAUAGCCAAGAACCCAAGACAACAUGUUUCGUUUGAACUAGCCAGUACAAUGGAUUCUUUCUUCAUGGCCUUUAUUGGUUUCGCAUGCUUCAACGCCAUCAUCAGCCUGUUGUCACCAUUGACCUUCAACUACCAGUUCCAUUUGUUUAAGGUGUUUCUCGAUUUGUCUCGGCACACACUGUUCUCACUCUUUAUAGUACAGGCUAUACUUCUCGUUGCCUUCACAUCUGUUGUGUAUAUGUUCUUCAACACGGACCAGUGGGAACUACGGAAUAUUUACAGUACAUUACUGUUCCUGUACCGUGUGGCUUUGGGGAUGUUCAAGGUGAAAACAAGCAUCAAAUUCCUAGAUUACGGCAGCAUCUUAAUAUUCAGCAUUUUCGGGUUCUCUGUCAGCAUCCUAAUGAUGAAUCUUUGUGUGAGCGUACUGAACGAAGCAUUUGGCCAUGCUCAGAUUGCCGUCCAGAAGAACAACAAGCAUAAAUUUGAUAAGGAGCUGAAUGACUUCCUGCAUUGGAAGCUUAACAACUUCUGGAGAGCAUUGACGUUUGGUCGUGGGAAGAAGGCCAGUGUUAUGAGUAAAUAUGCCGCCCCCGAGGAAGAAUUAUCGGACAGGCGUCAGCGAAUACAAACGAUGAAAGGUUUUGAGAACCUUGUAUUUAGCAUGGCCAUUGAUGCGGCCUCCAACGAGCAGCAGAUAUUUAGAACGUGUCUAAACUGGCAGCGAAAGAAACCGGACCGGACCCAGUUGCACUCUACAUGUUCUGUGAAUACAAACGAAACGACUAUUAAGUACUAUGACAAUACCUCCACGUUCACGAUGGCCUUGGUGUUUCCGAUGGCCGUCAGUGACAAGGACGUCAUCGUCCAGAAUAUUGACGUCAUCAAAACCAAAAUGCGACACCUGUAUCCGUGCGACCAUUCCUCCGUACCAUUGAGUAAGAUGUUUAGAGUGAGAGCUAACGUAAAUCUUCGCAAGAAGAGUUCUGUACAAGUAUUGGUUGUCGAUACAAAACCUAGGAAGGCAGUAGAUUUACCUGCGUUUAUUGUGUCGUCAUACGACAAUGGCAAAACAUGGGAGACAACUGCAGCCAGCCCAGCCUCACGUGUCAUACUAAAGAACUCGUCAUGUGUGUCGGCGAUCAUCCGCGCAUGUCCGACGCACUUUAUGGCCGUCUCAUGCGAGCUGUGGCCGGAUGUGCCCGACUACUUUAUGGACCGACUUGAGAUGCACACUUUGACCCCUAGAGGAGGGAUGAUCCGGCUCCGGUGUAACAACAGAAUCACAAUCACAGCUGACAAACAUUCUGUCGACGAUGAUAUCGACAUCUGCUUCCUGGAACAGGAGUCGAGUCCUACACCAGUCGUCACUAUUACAGCGACAGAGGACAUCACACGGCCCCUCAAACUGUCGAUUCCGCUUAAUAUGCUAGACAGAGGAGAGAUUGCCCAGGGAUUGAUCAUACUUGUCAAGGACGGUGACCUGAAAUGGCAGAAGGCACCAUGUGAGGCGCGCAAGGAACACGGCGCCAUUGUCUUCAUGGUUAACAAUUUAAACAGACGAGUUGCGAAGAAGAUACUAGUAAAGAGAAGUGAAAUUGAACAGAACCUGAGUACUGCUGCCAUACCUGACCACUACCUUAGAACGGCGAUCAGAGCAGUGUGUAACAGUAAGAUAUCACGAAGAUGGCGCUAUCUAGGAAAGGCUCUUGGACUACCCAUUAUCUAUCUGGAUUGUCUGGACAGAAAUGCCCCUCUAUGUUCUGAAGAGAAAUGUAGUUUCGUUCUACAUGAGUGGUACAUAUGUAAUCCCGGCGUGACUGUUGAUGAUUUGGAAAAAUGCUUAAGAAAACUUGGAUUUCCACCGGUCAACACACUCGCAAUGUACAUAUAAAACAGUUCAAGUGAUUCCGAGGGGAGGAUUUAUACAGCUGAUUUCUGUGAUAGGUCGGACUACCCCCACUACGGUACAGCUGAUUUCUGAGAUAGGUCAGACUACCCACACUACGGUACAGCUGAUUUCUGUGAUAGGUCGGACUACCCCCACUACGGUACAGCUGAUUUCUGUGAUAGGUCGGACUACCAACACUACGGUACAGCUGAUUUCUGUGAUAGGUCGGACUACCCCCACUACGGUACAGCUGAUAUCUGUGAUAGGUCGGACUACCUACACUACGGUACAGCUGAUUUCUGUGAUAGGUAGGACUACCUACUCUACGGUACAGCUGAUAUCUGUGAUAGGUCGGACUACCAACACUACGGUACAGCUGAUAUCGGUGAUAGGUCGG